UGCAUCCUUGCCUCUCCUCUUCACGCAGACAUGCAGGCUGUUUUUCUGCUCUUACUGCUGGCUGGAGCCUCCAAAGGCCUGGACUCCAUCUGUGAUGCUACUCAGGAUGUUGCAUGUUAUGGGGCUCUGAAAGGACCUGUGUAUCUGUUGCUGACAAGAAGAACCAGUGUGCAUGAACUACAGUUAUACAGUGGAACUAAGACUGUUUUUGCAUUCAGAAGGUCCAGGACAGUGUUCCGUAAUAAAUUUAACACCACAUCAUACCUCCAGAGGUGGCAGUUUGUUCCCGACAACUGGACCCUGAUUAUAAACCCUGCAGAGAGGGGAGACUCAGAGACAUACCGUGUGUAUAUCUAUGAGUCAACGGGGAGAAUUGUGGAAACAAACACAGUACAACUAAACAUUGAAACCCCUGUAUCUGAGGUGAACCUGUCAGUCAGUUGUUCAGCCAAUGGGGAGAGGAGAGCGAGGUGCUCCUCCAAUGGGGACAGUCCUCAGUACAACUGGAUUCUGGAUGGGCGGCGUCUGAGUGAAGCUGAGGCUGAUCUGGGGCCUGAUAAUCAGACUCUCCUGCUGAAUGUGACUGGAGAACUCACCUGCAGCGUCAGGAACCACGUCAGCAGCCACGUCAGCAGCGCAAACACCUCAGCUCUGCUGUGCUCCGACCUUUCCUGA